CCAGCCUCAGCGUAUGACCUUUUACCCCAUGAGUUUGCUUCUCUCUGCAAGCAGUCGACUGUUGGUGAGAUCAGUACUGAGGAUGGCGUCCCCCGAAGUGGUCCAGCGUCUGGAGCAGAGAGCCAGGCAGGCUGAUGAAGCCAUCAACAUCCUCAAGACACAGAUACAGAUGCUCAAACAGCAUGCUGUCACUGCAGAGGAGCAGCGGUUGAAGAAGGAGAAUGACCAGCUGAGACAACAGGUCAAUGACCUCAAGGCCAAGCUCACCAUGGCCGAGAUCCAGAAUGGAGUGCAACAGGUGUACCUACCUGUAAGGACAGCUGCCACAGACACAGAGGCACCUGCUGCACAGCCGCAGACAGCUGAACCAGCACCCAAGCCUGCGGAAGCCAAGCCUGAACAGAAGCAGGUGCAGAAAGGAGGGAAAGCUGACAAGGCUGCAGGGAAAGGGGAAAAGAAGGAAAAGAAAGGUGGUGAGAAGAAGAAGGGAGGACCGCCUCAGGAGGAGAAGCCUGUUGAUGUGUCCAGACUGGACAUGCGGAUCGGCCGUAUCGUGUCUGUGAAGAAGCACCCUGAUGCAGACACUCUGUAUGUGGAGGAGAUUGAUGUGGGAGAGACGGCACCCAGGACUGUGGUCAGUGGACUGGUCAAACAUGUCCCUAUGGAGGAGAUGCAGGACCGUAUCGUGAUCGCCAUGUGUAACCUGAAGCCUGCUAAGAUGCGUGGCAUCACGUCCCAGGCCAUGGUCAUGUGUGCCAGCUCACCAGACAAGGUGGAACUCCUGGAUCCUCCAGCCGGCAGCCAGCCUGGGGAUCGCAUCACGUUCGAAGGAUACCCAGGGGAGCCAGACCCAGUCCUACAGCCUAAGAAGAAAGUGUGGGAGACAGUACAACCUGACCUACAGGUCACCUCGGACAAGGUCGCCACGUACAAGGGGGUUCCCUUCACUGUGGCUGGGAAGGGAGUCUGCACUGCCAAAACUAUGACUAAUUCUGGAAUAAAAUAAGAACUCUUAUCAUUUAAAACACAGUUUAUUAAUAUCCACAUGGACAGAUGUCACCAGUCCUGUGAAUUCAAACUCUAUAGUAAAAGAUAAUUUAGGUA